AAUAUUUUAUAUAUAUUAAUAUUAUUUUUUAUUUAUUUUAAGGAUCCAAAUCCGGAUCCGGAUAUCCGCCGGAUAUUAUAAUUUUUAGAAAGAUAUCCAACAUCCGAAUAUCUUAGAAUCCGGGAUCGGGAUACUUUAAAAUUGGCCAGAAACCCAAUCCUUCCCGGGCAUAAGGGAGAUGCAGGAUUCGCUCAUCGUCCAGAUUACCUCAAUCUAAGUACGUAGAGGGAGUUAGAUGGCUUCCACAAGCUUCCGCUUAGAAUCGUUUCUUCUCAGCAGCUUUCUACGACUCAGACCGUGAAUCUUCGUCACUCGAGAUCCAAUCUCUCGACGCGAACAAUAACCAUUCAGUCGAGUCGUUAUCAUCAUGGGCUUCACCUUCUCGCGUUUCGUCGCUAGAAAUCGCUGGAAACGGCGGAGGAGGCUCCUUCAAACCUAUGCUUUCAGCUGCCACGUGUGCGGACCGGUGCAGGGGGGAUACAAUAUGUUUUUUUGUUUUCUUCUCUGGCACACAACAAAGAAACUGAGAUUGUGUUCAUAGAUGGUUGGAGACAAGUUUGAAUGUGUUUAUAGUCAACAAGUUGUCAUUUACAAUCUGCACAAACAGAGUUUGUAAUUCUUCUUUAACUUAAGUUUGUGACCUCAAAGAUUUGCAAUAAUGAAUGAUUGAAUCCUUCUCUAUCGCUGUAUCAGUGUGUGUAUAUAUUUUCAGACACAAGUCUCCGUCUCUAACACGUGGCGAAAAGAGGUCGGCCAGACGGCCACCGUUGGUCCCACUGGAACUAAUACUUGGCCCUGUAAGGAGCCGUUGAAAUCUUGAAAUUCUCUUUUUUGUUUUCUUAUACAUUUCUUUUUAAUUUUUUAAAAACAUUAACACAAAGAAGUUUUCAAACCACAAUCAAAGAUGAGAUGACAUGCCCCACGCACAAAUUAAAGGUCACAUUUAAGUUUUAAUCAUUCAAAGAUCAUUUCACUAAAUACAUUCCAGCUCUUUUCUUUGAGAUAUUCCAGCAUUUCAUCAUUAUUUAAUAACAUAAUUCACUGUACUUUUAUACAUUCAGUUGUGCUGAGAAAAAGUUGAAGCACUUUGUCUUGUUUAUGAUCUGAUAUGUUUCUGCAACCACUCUACUUCUGAUAUUGAUAAGGAACCAUAAUAAUUGUUUUUGUCUGGUGUGGCCUUUGUGAGUGAUUGUAUUCCCUGUUUAGAUAGUUUCCACUUUGGUUAGAUAAAAGUUUCUGUGUGCAAUUCACCUGAAACAUUCAUCUCUCUCAUACAAUCUACAAGUUCAUCAAUCAGAGACAUGCUUGAACGAAGCCACAGCUUGAGAAUACCUGGAGCUGAGACACUUGAUCUAAGACUCGCUCUGUAUGAGUGCAAAGAAGUAACUGAGAGGCUCCAAGAUGAGUUAAACGCAGAGAGGGAGGCAUCUGCCACAUCAGCAAGCGAGGCCUUGUCAAUGAUUCUUAGGCUGCAAGGAGAGAAAGCUGAGCUGGCCAGGGAAGCUGGACAGUACAAGAGGAUAGCCCAAGAAGAGAUGUCUCACGCCGAGAUGUGGUUUGCGCAUUUGGAGGAUUUUAUUCACCAGAAAGAGCUUGUAAUCACUGCGCUUGAGUACCAAGUGGAAGCUUAUAGAAGCCAGCUUUUGAGCUUGGGGUAUAGUGACUUGAGUAGCUUAGAUGUUAAGCUCCAAGAGAAUGAUGUUAGAUCUCAAAUACCCUUUCCAGAAUUAGUUAAUGAUCUUUCGGUUCCAGUGGAGAAGGAAGUUAUUGAGGAGAGCGUGGAUUCGCAGAAGAGUUACUUUGAUGUGUACUGGGAUCAUAUCAAGAAGAUGGAUGAGAAAGUGAAAGAGUUUAAAACUGAGGACGCUUUGAUGAUGAAGGUUGCAAUGAAGACAAAGAUGAAAAAGAAAUCAACUAAACAGACAAGAGACAGAAGCGGCAAGAGAGACCGUGCAGAGUAUCAAGCUGAACUGCAGCGGUUGAGACAGAGAGUAGAUCAGCUUGAGAGGGAAAGAACCAAGACAGUGCCUGAAACUAGUGGAGUGAUACUCAAGGAAAUGAAGGAGGAGGUAAGUUGUGUGCACUCAUCUGAAGUGAAGAGGUCAAAUACAAUGGAGAAUUUACAACCAUGGAUCGAUCCCGCCAUUGUUUCCGUUCAAGAGGCAAUGCUUAAUUUCUGGCUGUGAGACAGAGAAAAAAAAGGUACAAGAAGUUUUUUGUUUUAUUGUGAGUGUAUUGUGUUCAGUUUUUGUUUGCUUCAAGCCAGAAUCUGUAACUUUUUGUGUAAAAAAAGCUCAAGACCCUUCUCUGUAGAUUGUCUUAAGAGUAACAUAUACCAAAACAUCAUCUUGUAAUUUUAUUGUGUGCAAGUAUGUAUUGAAGAUAAAUGCAACGGUAUUGACAAA